CACCUCAUGCCUCCCCAUAAUGUGACUGAAUUUGUUCUCUUGGGGCUCACACAGAAUCCACACCUGCAGAAGAUACUCUUCAUCGUGUUUUUGUUCAUUUUCCUAUUUACCGUGCUGGCCAAUGUGCUCAUUGUCGUCACCAUCUCCCUCAGUCCCACACUUACAGCUCCCAUGUACUUCUUUCUCACUUACUUGUCCUUCAUAGAUGCCUCCUACACCUCUGUCACCACCCCCAAAAUGAUCAUCGACCUGCUCUACCAGAGGAGAACUAUCUCGUUGGGUGGCUGCCUGACUCAGCUGUUUGUGGAGCACUUCCUGGGAGGAUCAGAGAUAAUCCUUCUCAUCGUCAUGGCCUUUGACCGCUAUGUGGCCAUCUGCAAGCCCUUGCACUACGUGACCAUUAUGCGACAGGAGCUGUGCCGUCUCCUGGUGGUGGUAGCCUGGAUUGGCGGCAUUCUGCACGCCACUGUGCAGAUUCUUUUCAUGGUCAACCUGCCCUUCUGUGGUCCCAAGGUCAUUGAUCACUUCAUGUGUGAUCUCUUCCCGUUGUUGAAACUUGCAUGCAGAGACACGUACAGGCUUGGAAUGGUGGUAGCAGCCAAUAGUGGAGCUAUGUGCUUGCUCAUUUUGUGUAUGCUGCUGAUCUCCUACAUAGUCAUCUUGCGCUCUCUGAAGUCUCGUGGGUCUGAAGGGCAGCACAAAGCCCUCUCCACGUGUGGCUCUCAUUUUACUGUCGUUGUACUCUUUUUUGUGCCUUGCAUAUUCACCUACAUGCGUCCUGUGGCCACUUACCCUGUGGACAAGUUCGUCACUGUGUUCUUUGCAAUCCUCACUCCUAUGUUAAAUCCUAUAAUUUACACAGUGAGAAACACAGAGGUUAAAAAUGCCAUGAGGCAUUUGGUGAAGAGGAGGGUAACUUAA